UGUAUUCCACCUAAAUAAAAAUGUUAUCAUGCAACAUUGUGAAAAUUGGAGUUGAAAUUAAUAACAUAUUUAUGAAUCCCAUUUUUCAGACUGAUUGGGUGAAAAUGCUGUAGCUUCUUCAGAGUGACCACGCCUACUUGUUGUAGUAGAUACACCAGCUCUGAAACAUGCAUAUACUCCACAUCCCAAGUGAGAUACUCACAGAGGUGUUCAGCUAUCUUGACGAACGUAGUAGAGUAUCAGCCGCCCUGGUUUGCAAGCUAUGGAAAGAGAUCGCUUACACUAAAAAGUUGUGGAAGAAAACUGUAGCUAAAGUAAAAUUGGAUUCUUUCAGUACAUACAUCAAACAUACAAACAUUAAUGGUUUUACAGCUACCAGUAAAAAGAGUAAGAAGCGUAAAGUUACUUACACAAGUGAGGAAUUCGUAUGGCCUGAAAGUUUUUUUGCACUUUUAAACGAGCGUGGUAUUUCAAAAGUUGUUUUAAGUUCAGCAAGGAAUCUUUUUUUGGAACAGGACUUAAAAAAUUUAAACUCAAACAUACCAGACCUGAAAUAUUUAAAACUUGCAUUUGAGUCUCAUAAAAUCACUUCAAGAACAGUUAGCCAUUGCUUUGAAAAUAUACAAUUUUUGCAACUAAAGUCACUUGAUUUGAGUUUCAACAAGUUUAUUAAUCAAAGAGUGAUUCGCGCAAUUGCUGUAUCUAUGCCUAAUUUGGAAUCGCUCAAUCUACAGUCAUGCUUGUCUGUAACAGAUGACUGCCUAGAACAGAUGACAAUAAUGGCAUCACUAAAGCAUUUAAAUAUAUCCAAUACUGAGAUUACUGAUUUUGGUCUAGCUAUUCUUUCUGGCAUGAAAAUGGUGAACACUGGAGACAUUGUGAAGAGAAUUAAGUGUAUUCUACUUACAAAUUUACGUACGCUAAAUAUUGAAAACUGUCAAGACUUGACGUGGGUGGGACUGAGGUAUAUAGGAGAAGGGACACUCGUUUCACUGGAGACUCUUGUCAUUAGUCAGAUUCUGGGGUGUGAAGGCUUUGGUAUAGAAUGUCUUUCGUCUUUGAAUUCAUUGAAAUGUUUAAGUGCAGUGGCAGCUGGUUUACCUGACAAUGUGUUUGAAAUUUUGGCGGACAGCGGAUCUAAUCUAGAAAAUCUGUCACUCUCAUUUCACAGCUCCAUUAACGAUCGAUCUCUAGAAUUUUUAUCUCGAGGAUUUCAAAACCUUAUCCUCAUGCGCUUGAGGUCGACUUCGAUUACAGACAUUGGUGUUGAUUUAAUAUGUGCGAACUUGCCUCAGUUGUUGUUCUUGGAUAUUAGCUAUAAUUGUUAUAUCACAGACAGAGCUUUAAGAGUGAUUGGAGAAAAGCUGAGUCGUCUCCUGGUUCUAAACAUUGAGUAUUGUGAAAGGGUUACAUCCAAGGGCGUAUCCCAUUUCAUUUCCACUUCAAGCUGUGUUCUCAUUCCUUCUCAGGCCUCAAAUAUAUUAAACAUGCAGUUCUACCAAUCUGACAUUUUAAGAAAUGGAGCGAUAAAGAAGUGGAUGACUGCAAGGAAGUUAAGAAGCUUAUGCUGUUAAUGUGUUCAAAUAAAAUUAAUUGAAAAAAGCAGUUGAUUAUUUAAU